UAACUCGGUUAGCCUAGUUGUUUCACCCGAUGAAGGUACGCGGUGAAGCCAGGUGAGGUGCCUAGAUGGACAUUAUGCUUGAUCAUAUCAUGAGCACUGUAACUCAUAGACAUGACUUAGAGCUGUACCUGAAUUUUUAUCUCAUUAUCCGUUUGCACGAUCGAUAACAGGUGUGAUAUUUUGGUUUAGCCCUGCAUUUGCAUAGCCACUUUCACUGGAAAACUACCCCACGUAGAGAGUGAACAGAGUAGCUUCAGUAAUUGUUGGUUUCGGCUAUUUCACUCUCUAACCUUCAGUGAUUGGGAAACCAGCGAACAGAAACUACCUGGGUUCUCUCACCUGGUCCGUGUUCAGAAUAUCCAGCAGGCAGGUACUUAGGUACCAAUCGCAUCCCCACAACCAGACUGGACUUCCCGAUCCUCAACCCACAUGAGGCUCAACUUCUCCCGAAAGUCGAAAGGGUCAGACAACGAUACGAACAAAGACAUGGCGGACACAUCAGACAACCUCAUCAUAAAUUUCUACGACCCAGACAUCAAAGGCGAAGAUGCACGCCACAGAACAUUGGACGAAAUUCUAGCUUGGCCGGACAUAAUGCUGGAGCGCAGCCACAACUAUAUCCAGGUCCUUUUCCCACUUCCGGAAGGUAGUCCUUACAACAUUUCCGCGCCGAUUAUUGAUCGUGGGGUCUACGAUGCUUUUCGUGCUAGGGAGGAGUUACGGCUUAGGCUGCGCGAGUCAUUCGAGCGGAUAUUGAAGUUCUACGGCUUUGAGAUUCAGGAUAGUACCACAUCUACGAGCGAAAGCGAGGAUGAUACAGAGGCGGGAGCUACCAAUGUGGAACAAACAGAUCAAGAACUACCAUCUACCGAAGAGCCGACAGACGAUUCCCUCGAUGAUUCUCAAGCUGCCAGCUCAGAGAACGCCUCACAACAAGAGCCAACUGGAAACCCAGCAGCUGCAGGGAAAGAUGCCGCACCUACCGAAGAGCACCCCAAGUCUCUUCUGGACACAAGUUCAUCGCCGCCAAAGCCAUUGACUGUUGUCCGUCGAGCUGGUUGGAAGACAUCCUUUGCGAAUUGGGCACACCCUAUGGACCACAACCACCUGCGCAUAACGCGCAUCCUACGCUGUCUGAGAGUCCUUGGCCUAGAAGAUGAAUGCAAUGCUUUCUACAAGGCACUGGUGGAUGUGUACCAGGAUCCUCGGAUCAAAAUCUUCCCGCGGAGUAUGAAUUACUGGACACGAGCAAACGCGCAGCCACUUCAUAUAGCUCCAGAUGGCGAGGAAAGUGACUGGCUGAAGAAAGUGGGACGAGGUUAGCGGUCGAGAGGAAGCUGUGGGCUAGUGUGGCGUGCGGCGAUAUGUGAAGCAUGAUGAACGCCCUCACGAAAUAUCCCUAUCGUACAGAGGACGGAGCAUUUUAUCAAGCAAUAGCUAUCACGGCGUUCGAUGCAUAGGUGAACACAAAGUUCCCGAAAAUCCAGGUAAUGCAUUUGAUAGCCUUGAAAGAGAUUCAAUUCCCAAUAUAUACAGUUUC